CUGAGGCUGUGCGGCGGCGCCCGGAGCGGUUUGGGCGGCGCACGGAGCUAAGAUGGCGGCGGAGCGACAGGACUCGCUGAGGGAGUUCGUGGCGGUGACGGGCGCCGAGGAAGACCGGGCCCGCUUCUUCCUGGAGUCGGCCGGCUGGGACUUGCAGAUCGCCCUAGCAAGCUUUUAUGAGGAUGGAGGGGACGAAGACAUUGUGACCAUUUCGCAGGCAACCCCCAGUUCAGUAUCCAGAGGCACAGCCCCCAGCGAUAAUAGGGUGACAUCCUUCAGAGACCUCAUUCAUGACCAAGACGAGGACGAGGAGGAUGAGGAGGGUCAGAGAUUUGAACCUGAUGGCCCUGACUUAAGGAACAGGUUUUAUGCCGGGGGCUCAGAGAGAAGUGGACAGCAGAUUGUUGGCCCUCCCAGGAAGAAAAGUCCCAACGAGCUGGUGGAUGAUCUCUUUAAAGGUGCCAAAGAACAUGGAGCCGUAGCUGUGGAGCGAGUGACCAAGAGCCCUGGAGAGACCAGUAAACCAAGACCAUUUGCAGGAGGUGGCUACCGCCUUGGAGCAGCACCAGAGGAAGAGUCUGCCUACGUGGCAGGAGAAAGGAGGCGGCAUUCCGGCCAAGAUGUUCAUGUAGUGUUGAAGCUCUGGAAGAGUGGAUUCAGCUUGGACAAUGGUGAACUCAGAAGCUACCAAGACCCAUCCAAUGCCCAGUUUCUGGAGUCAAUCCGCAGAGGAGAGGUGCCAGCAGAACUGCGGAGGUUAGCUCAUGGUGGGCAAGUGAACUUGGACAUGGAGGACCAUCGGGACGAGGACUUCGUGAAGCCCAAGGGAGCCUUCAAAGCCUUCACUGGUGAGGGUCAGAAACUGGGCAGCACUGCCCCCCCGGUGUUGAAUACCAGCUCUCCAGCCCAACAGGCAGAAAAUGAGGCCAAAGCCAGCUCUUCCAUCUCAGUCGAUGAGUCGCAGCCUACCACAAACAUCCAAAUACGGCUUGCUGAUGGCGGCAGGCUGGUGCAGAAAUUUAACCACAGCCACAGGAUCAGCGACAUCCGACUCUUCAUCGUGGACGCCCGGCCGGCCAUGGCUGCCACCAGCUUUGUCCUCAUGACCACCUUCCCAAACAAGGAGCUGGCUGACGAGAGCCAGACCCUAAAGGAAGCCAACCUGCUCAAUGCCGUCAUCGUGCAGCGGUUAACAUAACUGCCUGGCCCAGCCAGCAGCCUCAUCUUCCUGUGUCCCCCACCUCCAGCUGCCCCGUGGAGACCACCCCUCCACCCCCUCCCACACACCCAGCAGUCCAGUGCCACAUCUCCAUAGCUCUGCGUUCUUAGAUCUCAGUUGGACAUUUGUUUUCUCCUUAGUUGCAUUUCCUGGGUUUUUGUGACGAUCAAUGGACUUUAAAGAAAAAAAUAAAAACAACCAAAAAAAUGGAAGGAAUAUCACCAGCAUGUUAUACAGAACCUCUCCCGCUGAGGCAAGAUUUGAUUAUCGUAAAAUCAUAUUUAUGUCUAAGGUGUGUGGGGACGAGU